UACUACCCAAACAUAAGAGUGAUCCAAUUGCCAGAUCAGUGUUAUGUUAGACUCGGGACGUAUACCUUUGGCAAGAUGCUUCCAACAUUGGAGGGCAACUACUCUAUACCCUGCACACAUGAGUCGUCACGCUUCUAUGUCUACGUCGGGCUCUGCAUCAGAAUGUUCUUGGACUCGGCAUCAGACGUUUGAUAUGAAUGCAGCAUCUGGUUCCCAAAAAAUAUUAUAAAAACGCGAGCAUUUUCUCCUCCUACCUUUCAUCAUUACAAGCAACCUACAAGCUAGAAAUACUCAUACAUCACCUACAACUACCUUCAAGCGAUCAAAACCAGUCAUCAUGAAAUCUUUCACUGCCUUCGUCAUUGCCGCCGUCGCCCUUCUUGCCGCCCCUAUGGUUAGCGCAGAGGGCAGAUGCCCCCCUGGCCAAAUGGAAGUCUUCGAGGGGGGUUUAUUCCCCAAGUUUAAGGAAUGUAGGGACGCCGAAGUGUUCUGUCGAGGAACUCAGGCUGUACAAUCGGGAAAGCAAACUUUGGAUGCUUGCAUCAAGCGUGCCCUCGGUAAAUAGACAUCAAGGAGCUGUGCGCACUCGUCAUCUUUGGCACUCUUCAGCUUUGUGUAUAAGAGAAUGUAACAAUUGUAGACCUGUACAGUACGAGCCUUGUGAAUAUAUAUGCUCUCU